AUGUAGGACUUUUAUUAAAAAUAGGAAGCUCUAGCUGAUAUCUUUGAUUAAGUAAAAGAUUUAGAUAAACAAACCUUUGGUGUCAUAUUAGAAGUAUUUAGAAAACAGAAAGUUUAAGAUUGCAUUGGAUAUCUUUCAGAUGAUGGAAAUAAAAGACAUUACAAAUAAUAUAUUUUUAAAGAUGACAAUAUAAAACUUUUUGAUAUGGGGUGGAAAUUAGAUGUUGUCACAACAAACAUGAUGAAAAUUAAAAAUAUUCUAAAAUAGAUAAAAGUUCAUGACUUUAACUAGCAAGACUACUCUACCGAAGAAAAUAAAGAAUCGAAGCUAUAUUUGAUUAAAUGCAUUAAUGAAAAUAGAUAUAUCUUAGAUUUUUUGUAAUUUUUAGUUCACCUUACAUCUAUAGAUAACAAUUUAAAAUAAUGUGGGUCAAAUUCAUUACAUUUAUUAGUUUAGAUGAAAGCUGAUCUUAGAAAAAAAAAUUUUGAAAAUAUUAAGAUCUAAAAUACUUCUUUAGUAGGAGCUAAUUUUUUUAGAAGUAAUUUUAGUGGAUCCUAAUUUUCUAAUGUGAAUGUAAGUGGAGUAAAUUUAAAUGGAUCAUUAUUAUUAAAUUGUAAAUGGAUAAACUUAAGAAUCCAUGAAUUAAAUAAAUUAGAUGGUCAUAAUGAUAGUGUAAAUUCAGUCUGCUUCUCUCCUGACUUAACUACAUUAGCAUCUGGUAGUGGAAAUUAUAAUUAUGGAGGCAUUUAUAGUAUUGAUAACUCUAUCCGUCUUUGGGAUGUUAAAACAGGAAAAUAAAAAGCCAAAUUGGAUGGCCAUACUAGCACUGUCUACUCAGUCUGUUUUUCUCCUGAUGGAAAUACAUUAGCAUCUGGUAGUAGAGAUAAAUCUAUCUGUCUAUGGGAUGUUAAAACAAAGAAAAAAAUAUCCAAAUUAGAUGUUCAUACUAGUAGAGUUGAGUCAGUCUGUUUCUGUCCUGAUGGAAAUACAAUAGCUUCUUGCUGUUAUAACUCUAUCCGUCUUUGGGAUGUUAAAACAGGAAAAUAAAAAGCCAAAUUGGAUGGCCAUACUAGCAAUGUCUAUUCAGUCUGUUUCUGUCCUGAUGGAUAUACAUUAGCUUCUUGUAGUUAUGAUAACUCUAUCCGUCUUUGGGAUUUCAAAACAGGAUAAUAAAAAGCCAAAUUAGACGGUCAUACUUUUUUUGUUAUGUCAGUCUGUUUUUCUCCAGAUGGAAAUACUUUAGCUUCUGGUGGUGGUGAUAAGUCGAUCCGUCUUUGGGAUGUCAAAACAGGAUAAUAAAAGGCCUAAUUAGAUGGUCAUAUGGAUAUAGUUAGAUCACUCUGUUUCUCCCCUGAUGGAAAUACAUUAGCCUCUGGUAGCAGUGAUUUGUCUAUCCGUCUAUGGGAUGUUAAAACAAAAUAUUAAAAUGCCAAAUUGGAUGGCCAUACUGAUGCAAUUAUGUCAGUCUGUUUCUCACCUGAUGGAAAUACAUUAGCAUCUGGUAGUUAUGAUAAAUCUAUCCGUCUAUGGGAUAUGGAGACUAAUAAAAAAAGAGCCAAAUAAGAAGGUCAUACUAGUUAUGUCUGGUCAGUCUGUUACUCUCCUGAUGGAAAUACAUUAGCAUCUAGUAGUUGGGAUAACUCUAUCCGUCUAUGGGAUGUCAAAACAGGAUAAGAAAUUCAAUCCUCCGAUAAAAAUUACGAAGAUGUUUUGAUAUAAUUUAAGAUUCCACUCCAAUAAAAUAGUCCUUUAUCGGAAAGUUAUAUUUAUAUUAUUCAUAUUUUUAGUCUCAAAUUACAUUACUAGUCUCAUUAUAUCCCAACAGACAAUAUUUCAAGCAUAAGGAGCGCUUAUUCUGAAAGGAGAAUUUAGUGAUGAAUCUGGUAUUGAUUUAACGGCAUUAUUGAAGCAAAAAGGAAGUUUCUUUUUAGAGGACUUUAAUUAAAAGUGA